AUGAACAACGGAAAUGUCCACCAGAUUGAUCUCAGCGAAAUAGAAAAUAUAAGAACAGCUAAUUUUGAAGAACACCCGAUUGUCCAUGCAACAGAAGGAUCUUCAUUGAUUAAUCUACAUGUGAUCGAUUUGCUGGAAGGCAAGCUCCAGACGAUUACAGACCGAAAAUAUUCGAAUACAAAUGCCAGGGACUCGCCAUUAACAGUAGCAAAAAUCAGUACGGCUGGUUCUUCUGAAAAUUCUAAUGAACAUUCACUGAUUACCGAUAAUGGAAACAAAAGCUCCUCUACAUCGGAAAAUACAGUAAUAUCCUCUUCAAACUGUGUUCAUCAACAAAGUCGUGACGGUAACAGUUUGCAUCAUGGUACUUCAUCUUCUGUUUCGUCUUCUUCUACAGUAAUAUCCAAGCGUAUGAUAGCCAUCGGUAAAGGAGAAUACCAACGACAACAAAAUCCUCACCUGUUAAUUUGUACCUCUACAAGGAGUAUAUCUGUAUUUAUGACGGGUUACAACAUAAAACUAGUCAGCAAAGAGCUUAAUGAAACCAGCAUUGUUCAUAGCGAGGUGAUAAUCACACAACAUGGCAGUUGUCUUUGCGUAUUACUUGAUAAUGGAAGACUAGCAUUCUUGUCUUUACCACAUCUGGAACCUAUGCUUGAGAGAAGUCUACCAAAUUCUUGCUUACUCGACAGAUUAAAUGAAGCUUUCUUAACCCAAGAUGGUCGGAUUGUUUUCUGGACCGGUGAUUACGAGCUUGAACAGUACUCAGUGAUACAGAAAGCCAAUUUCCCUAUCGGAGAGUCUGUCAUUCUAUUUAAUGCACAGAAAUCAAUACCUCCCCAGAGUUGUACCUCACGCAUGCAACAAAAACCAAAAAAGUCAUGGAUAGAUGCAGUAGCAGGAGCAUUCCAGAAGGAGCCUUUAACGGUAGAGGAAUUUGAUUUGCUAAUGGGACGUAUGCCUGUAGAAGAUCCUAACGAAAUCAGAAAACAGAAAGUUGAAGCGUACAAGGCGAAAAUGAAGCAACAAGAAACGGCAGGAGAUACCGGAAACAACAGUUCUAAUGUGUUUGCGCAAUUAGGGCAAAAGAUGAAUGAACGUGGAGAAAAGUUGAAUGAGCUGGAUAAGAAAUUUCAGGAUAUGAAUGCUGCAUCUGGGGAUUUUUUGAAAGCUAUUCGCGAUUACAAUGAACGGCAGGCACGUAAGAAAUGGUGGGAGUUCUAA